CAGGACAGUGUUCGAAAAUCGCUGAUAUUUUUAUGAUAUUCUCAGUGCUCACACUCGGACAAGAGGUACAUCGAUGUUAUCCCCGGAGCAGCCAACUCGCUAAGAAUGGUGUCAUAAAUUGAACUUAUCUGGAGACAACGGUGGUCUCUCAUGACUGUGCUAUACCUGGUUACACGUUACAUUGCGAUGCCAUAUUCUGUGUAUGUUAUUGUGUGGCCGACAAGUUUGUGCUGUACUAAUAGCCCAUCUCUGACUACUAGUGCUGUUGUUCUCCUAACCAUGACAUCGGUCUCGCUGACAGACACAGUAAGCAAUAUUUUGUUCUACGCAAGAAGUGGAACAAAUUCUAUCGUAACUGCUAUGUUGGGUGUUAUCAUGAUUGCUCGGUUGCAUGCCAUGUAUCAGGGAUCUAGAAUGAUGUUCAUCUUCCUUGUUAUCAUCUUCCUGGCUGUCAACGUCGCCUGUGCAGCAAUCGCCGCGAUAGAACUCAGCCACACUGUAGCGAAGGAGCUGAUAGUCUCUGGCACGUAUAUGUGCAGUGUCGAAGAUAAAGGGGAUGGCCAGCCUCUGCCCUCAAUGAUUUGGACAUUCAACACUAUCUGGCGAGGUCCUCACACCGUGUCUUUCAGUCUGGCUGUGAAACACUUCCUCGACCUGCGACGACUUGGCCCAUCCACAGGGUCGACCAUUGGCAAUUGUUUCAGAGUGCUGAUAAAAUCUCACGUGCUUUAUUUUGCAAGGUGAGCUAGCAAUGUGGAUGUCAUCAUCUUUUUCCUGCUCAAGCUCCGCACGUGCUAGCUUUUUUGGUGUCUCUUGCAUCCAGUUUAUCACACUC